AGUAUCUCGGGGAUCAUCACUACUGUAUUGUUGGGAAUCAAUUUCAGCCCCAGUUUUAAAAUGGAGUUCGAACUUCUGUUGCUAACGACGAUGCUGCAGCUAAUUACUGGACAAGAAGGACAAGCAGUCUCGCUCUCAGUCUCUCCACAACGGAUCCAAAUAGGAGGCAGGGAACCAAGCCCACAGUUGACUGUCAACUGUUCCGUUGCUGCGCCAGAUAUAACGCAUGUAGAGGAGAUCACUGUUGGAAGGAUGUAUGGAGGCAGUGAUACCCAGCCUUUAGUUGUUGCAACCAAUUCAUCGCUUCAAGUGCAGGACACCGGUCUGCAGUCACGCCUGACCACGUCCGGCUCAUUCAGCGGGCCCACUGGCACUGUAGAACUGGUUCUCAAAGAACUCGAGUGCUCUGGCGUUUCUGCCUACUAUUGCAAAACCCAAUACGAAGCUGGUGAUGUCUCCAGAAACGACUUUGUCUUUGUGAACGUCACUGUCAUAAAUAAUCCACCCAAACAAUUGACGAUAUCAAAGGUGCCUAACAGAAGCCUUUAUUACAGAGAUGAGAUUGUGCGUUUCACGUGCACAGGGAGAAUUGGUAACCAUUUUGACAAAAAUACCGAGAACCUUUUGACAUGGGAAUGGCGAUCUGUGGGCAGUGUGAUAUCCCCAUGGGUAAGGUACCCCAACGGUUCUAGCAUCAUGAACGACCCCGUUAAGCUUGUACCUGCAUCUGGUGGGUGUGUUUAUACGGUUGGGUCUUCACUUACCCACACAGUGUCAUCUUCGGACAUCAACAGGCAGUUCCGAUGUUCUGUGCAAGGCGAGAUCAGCAUUUCUGAAACACUCUCUACCCAAGACUCGGCGUCCUCGGCGGCUGUUAAAGUGGCGAUGAUAAGGGAUAUCAACACUCUUGUUUUAAUAGUGUUUUUCAUGUAUGCCCUGAAAGAUAAACUAUAGUGAUAAAGAAGUGAGUGAGUGAGUGAGUGAGUGAGUGAGUGAUUGAGUUUAGUUUUACGCCGCACUUCGCAAUAUUCCAGCUAUAUGGC